AUGCUCACGAGAAUGGUCAAGGGGGGAGAGGGCACAGGGGAGCCGGCGGAGGGGAUGCAUAGGCGUGGGGAAGAAGAAGAUGCAGCAGGAGGGAGUGAGGGAGCCGGAGGAGAGAGUGGGGAGGGAGAUGAGGGAGGGAAUGAGGAGGAGGGGGGACGGGAGGGGAGUGAGGUCACGUUGAUAGAAGAGUGUGCGGAUGGGAAUGAAAAGUCGCGGAAGAGAAAGCGGGACGUUGAGAGUGCCACGGAGACGAGGGGACGGAAACAGGGACUGGGGAGGAAGCGGAAGGGCAUGAAUACAAGGGAGGAGGAGGACGACGAGGAUGGAGAGGAGGAGGAUGAGGAGGGAGAGGAGGAGGAAGACGAGGAGGGAGAGGAGGAGGAGGAGGAAGAUGAUGUUGUGGAGGUUCAGGUGUGCAGAACGGUGGUGCAAGUUAAAGAGGAGAGGAAGGAGGGGGCGGGUGGGGGAGUUUUGGAGAUCGAGUGGACAAAGAUGAGAGCAGUGAAGGAGGAGGAGGUGGAGGUGAAGGAGGUGGAGCGAAAAGAGGAAGAAGGCCUAAGACGGACAGGGCAGGUGAAAGUUAAGAUGGAAACUGCAUCAGCGACCCGAGCGAAGGAGACGGUUGGCGGUCACGGUUGUGGUACCAGUAUAUGGGGUAUUAAGGGAGGGUUGCUUGUAGAGAUGGCCACAGGAGCAGGUGCAAGGAAAGAUGUGAAGACUUUUGAGGCGCCUCAAAAGGCCACAGGAGCAGGUGCAAGGAGCGAGGUGACAAGAGAAGAAAGUGGGUUGAAGCCAGAAGAAAGUGAGAUGAAGCGAGAAAGGGGUAUCGUGACAAGGAGAGCCGCAGCAAGACUGGAAGCUGAAGCUGCCAAGUUGAAGGCUGCUCAGGGUCGAGUGCUGAGGUCUCGCAUCAUUGAUGCACCACAGGCAGGGGGGGCAGCAGGAACAGGAGGUGCAGGGGCAGCAGCAGGCAGAGCAGGAGUGGCAGCCAGAGGGAAUUCUGGUCAGUGCAAGGGAAAGGGGGUUGCAGCUGCCACUACAGUUCCGGAUAAUAAAAGGGGGAUGAAUUCGGGCCUUGAGACAGUAAUGAGGAGCGCUGUAAAGGGGAUGGGGAAAGGGGGGAGCAGAGCGGAAGAGGAAGAAGAUAAGGCACAGCUGAGGCAUCUCCAGAAGGAAGAGGAGUAUGAUAGUGAUGACGAUGUAAUCGAAGUGGUGGUUGCUGGGACAGUCUAA